UUUCCUCGAGUGUCCAGCAGGGGGCAGUGAUGUGCUCUGACGGCAGGGGAGGACUCCGGAGGCGGAAUGGAAUCAGCGAAGAAGUAGUUAUUUCGGAACCAACACUGUGAGCUCAGGUGUUCAGGAUGUUGCUGGUUCUACCCGAGGAUCAGAAAGACCACCUCUCCUUCCUUCAGACCGUGGAGCCCUCCGUGGUUGAAGAGUUUGGCCGUAUUGCGUUGGAGUUCUUACGAAGAGGAACUAGUCCAAAGAUUUACGAUGGGGCAGCAAGGAAGCUGUGUGUUCCUGUGGAAGUGGUCCAGCGUGGAGUGGAGGGUCUGGUGUUCCUGCUGAUGGAGAGCUCCAAACACAUGAUCUCUGAAGUGGACUUUCUGGACUCCGUUAUAGUUCUGGGAUUCAGUGAAGAGCUUAAUCGGUUCCUGUUGCAGCUGUACCAGGAGCACCGCGGGCAGAUCCGGACCCUCCUGAACCAGCUGGUUUACAGUCAGCCGGCCUACCAGAACCUGGAGUGGAGGCUGGACGUUCAGCUGGCGAGUCGUUCGCUCCGUCAGCAGGUCGUUCCCAUGGUGACGACACGACUGCUCCUGACCUCUGGUUCCGAUAGCAGCAGCAGAGUUCUGCAGACUGACCCGAGAACCCUCCUGCACAUCAUCUCCACUCUGGAAGCUGCUUUAGCUGCGGUGAAGACCAGCCACACCCGACGGAUCCUACGGAACAUUAAAUAGCUCUUUGUGGAACAUGUUCUGAAUCUUUCAGAACGUGUUCAGAACCGGGUGUUUCUGGACCUCCUGUGGUUCAACAUUCUGCCUUCAUGGAUGAUAAAAGUUCAGCAUCUCUGCAGAGAUGCAAAGCAGAACGUGUGAUUUGAUCCUGAUGAGAAAGUUUGUUUUUGCUGAGACACUUCAUUCAUGAUGUUCCGAGUCUGAUCGGGCCAAACUGGGUCAAAGGUUCUGUGUGUAG